CCUAUGCCGACAUCGAUGAAAACGUGACCGUUUAUUCGUCUUAUAAUAAACACUGAUCGUCACCGAUUGCAACAUGACGUUGGAUCCACGUGUCACCGUUCAAGUAACGUACAAGGGAGAAAAUAUUCUGAAUGAAAUCUCCGAACCGGUUAACACGAAGGAUUUCAAAGACCUGAUAACGGUGCUGAAAUACACGCAGCUAAAGACGAACGAUUGUUUAACGCGGUUAACUAAAGAUACAGAAGUAUCGACGACCGAAGAAACCUCCGACGCUUGCGAAGACGAAGAUUCGGACGAGGAUCGUGGCAGCGUGGCGGAGGAGGAGUUGAACGACUUGUCGGCAAAACGAGCCAAACUGAAAAAUUAGUUGUUCCCUGUUUUGUCAAAUAAAAAAAAAAAAAAA